AUGGCUUAUCGUUCCGUGUAUCUGGCUAAGUAUCGUGGCUCUCCAAGCCAACGCGCCCAUUUCGCCAUUUUCAUUCCAAAUUCUACCAACGACAACCCGGAUCUAGACAAAGACUGGAAAUCAAAACCAUGCCUGGGCACCGUCAUCCACGUCGUGGGUGAACCGCUGAUGAAGGGCUAUACGCUCGAGUUCAAACGGAACGAGGAGUGUAGUACUUCUCCCGACAUAGAUGAACUCGUGUUCCUCGGAACUGUUGACUCAACUCACGUCCAUGAUCCCCCCGACACAGAUUUUGUGAGGGAGACUCAUCCACGACAAACACUCGAACAGGAAAUAGCCACGAUAGCCCCUCCUCCCAGAGGCCAGGAUAUUCGAGCUCCCAUCGAUGGUGUUCGCACGAAGCGGUGCCAAGAAUGGACCAUGGAAUGUCUCUCUCGACUGGAGGAGCAGUGCCUCAUCAGUUCUGGCGCUGUCAAGAUCGCGCAGAGCCAUCGAGACGCGCCGAAUCAUGGUAUAUUUGGGCAGUCGGGGGUUUCCAAGACCCCAGGGAGCGCUGCACAGUGA